AUGCAGUGCACAGUGUUCUAUUGGUUUGUGUGGGUGGUGUCAGUGUGUUUGGUAGCCUCUAUCGAGGUGCACGAAAACCCGAAUGAAGAGAAUACGACCACCGAUUCCGGGAUGCUGAAAAGCACGUUGCCCAACAGUUCGGUGGCGACGGUCGGAAGUGGAGCGAACAAUGAACCCGGCAAACAGCACGUGACAGCAAGUGGCACACAAGCCAACAACGGUGGUAAUUCCGAGGAUUACACCAUCGUCCCCAGUAACCACAAGCCUGCAACAAACAACAACCAGCCAAAGCACAGUCCGAGUUAUCGCGAUGCGCCAUUAUCGAUUACGCCAACGGUUUCGUCUUUGGCCUCGUCGUCGUCGUCGACAUCUUCAUCACCACAAUCAGCUUCCGCGGUCGCAACGCAGUCUUCUUCUUCCGGAUCGUCUUCUAAAAACUCCGGUGCAGCGAAGGAUAUCGCUGGCGGAAGUAACUUGGUGCAGCAUCAGAUAUCUGGAUACAAGAAGCGACAGCUGUACGCGGGAUCUUAUCAACAGCUCACGAAAAACGCAACAAAUGAUAGAAGCUAUGACAAGGACAACCAAGCACCUUCGAAGGAGUUUGUCCCUUCACCAGAACUGGUACCCUAUUUCCCAUCUGAAGAGAACCAACAGCUUCACCAUCACCACCACCAACAUUCUCAUUCUCAUCAGUAUCAGCAGCAUGCAAUCCACCAGGUUGACGCGCCAUAUCCUGCCAGCGUGGUGACGUCCGACUCCAAGUGGUUUGGCGGCAAUUACGCCCCGGGUGGGCCCGUCGAUAACGAGCUGCGAAGUGGCGGUGCAAAACCUGCUGCUGGUGGCCCUGGUUGGCCAUCGACCGCCAACAAGUGGGAACAACACCCGAAGAGCGGAAAACUCCUUUGGCUGCCAAAUGGCAACGGCGGCGGCGAACAGGACAGUCCAUUUAGCCGGCCAAAGCCAAAGUUAAACCCUCCAAAGGGCAAAUGGAAGUGGGUACCGGUUGAGGAGGAGGGCGGCAGUGAUGGCGGUGACGGAGAUGAUUCACUGCAGCAGGGUGAAAAGGCCCCGGCUGACCUUGAGAGCAAAAUCGUGGCCGGUCAUCAUCAUUUCUACAAAUUCCCCCCUCGAGAGCAUCCCUACUCGUUUGUUGGUGGUGGCGAGGAUGGUGGAGGUACGACAGGUCAAUCUCCGUUUAGCGGUGGCGGAUCGACGUCUGAUGAGGCCCCAGCAGGAAAUACGGCCAGCAAUCCGUUGGACUUUUUCUACAGCACCGCGUUUGGGGAAGCUGGCGGCGUCUCAACGAAGCUCAAAACCGGUGGCAAAGGCGGUGAUGCAGACUCGCUCAAGAAAGGAGGCGUUUCGCCGUGGAAAAAGAUCAUUCACGUACUGACGGCGGCCAUUCCAAUCGGACUCAUUAUCUCGGCACUAACCCCGCAGGUUGUCUACGUGAAUCCCAACAUGACACUGCCGCCCGUCCAGAUGCAGACUCCGACGCCGAUAAGUGCCACCGGCGGCAGCUUUACCAAUCCGACCCGCCAACGGUCGGAGGACCAGCUGGGCGGUGGGGACAAUCCGUUGGUUGGUUUUAUUAGCGCCCUGUCGGCGAAUCCGAUUGUCGAGCGGUGGCCAUCGAGCACGGGCUGCGAGGAGAGAUCUUUCUGCGAAAUGGCCCGACUCGGGAGGAACAGCGGUACGGAUGCACUGCUCAGGAUGCUCUGGAAAACUGCAAAUGAGACCCCAUCCGACCGUGCCCGCCAGAGCGGACUGGACGAGAUUUUCCGAGCCGUCAGAGACGAUGACUGUUUAAGAUUUCACUGUGAAGCCACUUAAUCCUGCGCGCGGCUCAAGUCUUAUCGCCCAAAAUCGCGCUGCGCGCUCCAAGGCACAACAACAACAUUUUGCCGGUCGUGACGUGCGGCAACUUUGGUGAAGCUUCCCGAUUUCUACGCGCGCAAUUACUAUACUCAACUCAAGCACUCGAGAGCAUUCAUCACUUUCGUCGGAGAUGGGACAGAUGUGCGAAUAAUAAAAGUUUUCUUUGAACUAGGGUCUCGAGACCCACUUGUGCGUAAAAUAAGAAGUGAAAGUUACGUAACUCUUCGAGUUGGAGUGUUCUUCUCUCCGAGGAUGAUAUUAUGUGUAUGUGAUGUGGUGUGUACUUUCGUUUUUUUCCUACUCAUGAA